GCCAUCUUGUGUGGAUAUACGUACAGUCAGCGUGACCACGACGACCACUUGAUACAAUCACAAGGUAUAUGAUCACCUGUUUGGAUAUGUGGAUGUGUACCUCAACGUUAGGUAUAGCACUUUGAAUAUCGAUCACGGUUAACAACAUGUCCAAAAAGGACAUCAACACGAAAGGAUCGGCAAACAAAACAUCCCAGCGAACACCGGCUCCGGGCGAUGGCAUCAGGGGAGUCAGAACAACUUCCCUUUUCAAGGCUGUGAAUUUUGAGCUCUUUGUGAAACCAAAUAAGGUUGUGAUGAUAUUUGGUGUGGUGGCCAUUACCUGUUGUGUCUCCUAUAUUGCCUAUAUGAAUGCUACGGCUGAAAACAGGAAAAUGUAUGAAGCUUAUAAUGUUGAUGGAACAACAGUGACGAAGUAUAAAAAAUCCAAAUGGGAUUAAGAUUAAAUCUUGCAGAAAAAAACACACAUUAUUGCUACUGUGAAUUGACUACUGUCAUUGAAACCUUAAAAUUUAACCACAGAUUCAGGAAAGUUUGAUUCAAAUGAGCUUUUUUUUUAACAUGAACAGAAACCUGUAAUCACUGUGGCUACCAUAUUUCUUCUAUUAAAAGCUCAUUUUCAAUA